UCAAGACAAUGCCUUCUGAAUCCAUACUGAAAGAUGCUUUGACGGCUUACUUGCAACCACUGCUGAAAAAACACGAGGCCAAUACUCUGGUGGAAUUUGAGGAUCUGACGGCAUCAUGGAAGGCGGCCGAUGCUGUUCUAAAGCGUAGCUCUGCGGCUGAUGAUGCAGUGAAGCAGGUGUCCGACUUGCACAAGUCACAGUUGCAGGCCUAUCAGAAAGCAGCCAAAGAAGCACUUUCCUCGUGGGCGACCAACGAUUUUGUCCUACCGACACGACAGGCGAAAGAAGUCGCCGAUACCUACAGCUACCGCUGUGUCGAAGCUGCAACGGUGCAGCGCCCUCUUUGGAAGGUACCGGCAACUGCUUUGGAGAAUUGUCUUAUUAAAGUUGUUCAACACAGAGCCGCUGCUCAGACCGAGGAGACCGUGGAAGAAGGGGAAGAGUUGGACGAGGACACUGACACUAUUGAUGCGAAAGAGGAUGACGACGAAGUGGGCGAGGAGGAAGGAGAGGAAGAUGAAGAGGAGGAGGGUGAAGUAGAGGAAGACGAAAUGGGUGAAGACGACGGGGAGGCCAUCGUAGAAACACCAACAGGCGAAGAAAGCGACAAGGUGAACGAAGCAGCAAUGAAGGCUGCACUUACCAACAGAAAAAGGGUCCUUUUGGCGAAAAAGAAAGGUCAGGCAGACGGAAAGGCCAAGCAAGCACCGAAGAAGAAGAUUGUUUUGGCAAAGGUGGGCGCCAAUACUGCUAGUAGUGGGACUAAACAGGGUGCUCGUCGAAAAAAUGCGCCUCGGCGGGGCGGACGAAGUGGGGGUCGCGCCAAAGGUAACUCAUAAGUCGGUGGGAUGUUGUUGACGUCUAAGAGUACGCAAUAGUGUUUCAAUCAAGUAAUGGAAAGAUAACAAGACUCUCUACAAAUUAGGUCAGAAUGGCGUUGGUGGAAGCAUAACUUUGUUCGGAAUGACGAACG